AUGUCUUCUAUUCAACAACAACAUCAACAACAAGAAACUGCUGCUUCUUCAAAGAGUCGUCAAUCAUGCGAUUGUGAUAUUUUACUAUGGAGAAACCCAAUUGAAUCUGGUAAACUUUUUGGUGGAUUAUUAGUAUCCCUUUUAGUAUUGAAGAAAGUUAAUUUAAUUACUUUCUUCUUAAGAGCCGCUUACACCAUCCUCUUAACCACAGGUUCUAUUGAAUUCAUCUCCAAAUUAUUCUUAGGUCAAGGUUUAAUCACUAAAUAUGGUAUCAAAGAAUGUCCAAACACCGUUGGGUUCUUGAAACCAAAGAUUGAUGAAAUCUUAAAACAAUUACCUGUCAAGCAAGCUAAGAUGAGAAAGUUAGUCUUUGCUUACUCUCCAAAGAAUACUUUCAAAGCUGCUAUUGUCUUAUUCCUAUUACAUAAAUUAUUCUCUUGGUUCUCUGUUUGGACUUUAUUAUUCGUCGGUGUCAUUUCUGCUUUCACUUUACCAAUCACUUACAAAAUUUAUCAAAAGGAAAUUGAUACUAUCUUAACCCAAUUAUGUCAAUUAUUGAAACAAAAAUCAAAUGAAUUAUCUAAAGUUGCUUGUGAAAAAUCUAAACCAUGUUUAGAAAAAUUAGAAAAGAAAUGCGCUCCAUUAUGUAACUUAAUUAGAAACAAAUUACCUGCUUCCACUUCUACUACCUCUAGUAUCACACCAAUGUCUACUACUGCUAAAUUAGCUUCUGAAGUCCCAAUUGAAAAGGAUAUUCCAAGUGCUACUACUACUACUGCUACUGGUACUACUUCUUCAUCUGAAUUCCCAACUGCUCCAAGAAAUGAACCAUCAUCAUCAUUAGGUACUUCUACCAAGGAAUUUGAUGUUGAUCAAUUGACAAAUGAAUUGAAGGAAAGUACUCAAACUUUGAAACAAGAAUUAGAAGAAAAUAGCAACAAGUUCUGA